AACACGAUAUUUUCUCGAAUAAUUCUGCACGUGUUUUUUGAACAAUCUCAUGGUAUAUCAAUCUUGCUCUGCACAUAUUUCAUCAUCUGAAUUGAAUAGACAGUUUCUGUUUGUAGUUCAUCAAAGAUUUGAAUAUUGAAAAGUUUUUUUUCUGAGAAACGGUGAUUUGUGCAGCUAUUCGUGAUUCCCAAAUUAUUUAGUAAUAAAAUCCAAAUUAUCAUUCCAAAUUUCUUGUGGCAAAAUGGGCGAUGAAGGCAAUCAGCAAGGGGGAGCUCAAGACAACAGACGUCUCCACUCUUACCCUCUCAUUAGGCACUCAGACAUGAACGAAGAGAUGAGAACUGAGGCGAUGGAGCUGUGUGUGACUGCCUGUGAGAAGUUCGCCUCAAACAACGAGGCCGCCGCCAAACUCAUCAAGGAGUCCAUGGACAAGAAGUUCGGGGCAUCUUGGCACGCCGUAGUGGGCGAGGGGUUCGGGUUCGAAAUCAAACACGAAGUGAGGAAUCUGCUCUACAUGUUUUUCGGAGGCACUAUAGCUAUUGUGGUGUGGAAGUGUUCUUGAGACUGACUAAUUCUUAUCCUUUUACUAUAUCAUCGAAUUAAUUUUCAAAUUUUG